GCGUGACCGACCAGGAGUUCGCAGAAAGUUCAGCCACAGAAACAAGAUGGCGGACGUGACUUGGUACAUGUCUGAGUCUGCCGAGGCAGUUGCGGAGGAACUUUCCCGUCUCCUGCUCUCCCUUGAGAGCCUUGGUGACGACGAAGAUGUCGCCGAGCAGUAUCUUAACAAGUUCAGGGAGAUUGUUGAUGCCCACCUCCCUGAAGGACCAGUGGUGGGGAUGGAGGAGGGAAUCGCUGUAGUCCAGGCUGCUGUAGAGAAGUUUGUACAAGCCAGACAGAAUUUCAGUGAAGGACUAGCAUGUAUGCAGUGGCUAGCGUCCUCACUUGCAACGUUGUGUGCCCAGUAUGUAGUAGAUUUGAACUACCAGCAUCUGCCAGUGGAGACCAAGGUGAAGUUUGUAGCUACUGUUUCAAUGGCUAAUGAGCUGUUACAGCCGUACGGUCAUGAGGACUUCUUGGAGGUUUUACUGGCAGCACGGCAGCCCUGGCCUCCUGUCUUUCUGAGGAUUCUGCAAGGAAAGGCAUCAGACAUGAGUGAAGUUGAUGUUCACCUGAGCCGUGAGCCCAGCCUGCUGAUGGAGUACCGGGUCAGGUCCCUGCAGGCCCACGGAGCGAUGGACGACGCCUCCACGCUGGCACAGUACUGCAUGAACCACCCCAGCCACAGGGACGUGCUGGUCUUCAGGGAGAUGUUCCUGCUCUGUCAGUGGCAGGCAGGCAAGGUGGACAACAUUAAACGACAGGUUCAAUUCAUUGAGAGCACAAAGCUGUACUUCAUUGUGGAACACUUCGAGGCAGAGGGGAUGUUGGAGCUGGCUGCAACAGUCUCCACCAGCUACUUGAUACAUCAGUGGAAGAAAGGGGAGUAUUGCUGCAAUAAAGAGCUGGUCAGACAAUGGUGCCAUAUACAGCAUCCAGUAGAAGGCCCUACCACCACCAUACUGGAUUCAGCCAGGACUCUUGCCUUUAAGAAUGAUCCCAAAGUUCUCCACCUUUUGUAUUUUGCUGAAGCACUACACAAAGAGGUGGGAAAGGAUUCCAUGCCACUUGUCGCUGACUUGCUGCUGAGGGCUGUUGAGAUGGACAAGCCAGUCACAGACCCCUUCUUCCACCCCAACGCUGCAGAAGACAAGACAGGCUACCACCACAGUGCCCCGACCAUCCUCAGCUACAUGGCUGUACUGCUGGAGGGUGACUAUGAAAUAAGGUGUGCCAGCCAGCUGACCUCCUUCUCUAUCAGUCCUGACCUGGAUCAGUACUACGUGGUGGAAGCUGUUGUCAACCUACCUGAGGAAGUGCAGGGUACAGGGGUGAACCUCAGCAGACACAAGAGGAGAGACAUCCUGAAGACCCUGCGGAAGCUGCGACCCCGCUCCUGCGGUCUACAUCCAGAGAUGUCCUGGCAGCAGCUGAAGCCACACAUGUUAAAGCUGCUGACCUCAGAGGAGAGGAACACUCUCUUACAGGAACAUGUUGAGGCUGAAUGUGACAUAUCAGCAUUUGAGGAAAUCGGGAAAUCUCCAUGUAAGGCGACAGUCUCUAAGCCCAGGCUGACGGAGAAGGAGCCAGUUUGUGCCGCGGUGGAGUCAGAUGAAGAAGACCUGACACUCCUUCUGAGUGAUAGUGAUGACGGGUCAUGUGGUCCAGUCAGUCCCAUCUUCAGCGGGGCCAGGUAUGGACUGGAUUUUGCCACCCCUCCAAGGCCACCCAAAGCAACUAGUAUUGUGGACAAUGUUGCCAACGACAGUCCCUUUGUGGGAGAAGAGGAGGUGAUUGUCUGUGAGAAUGAAGGCAGAAGUCCAGCAUAUGGAGACAAGUGGAAACAGGCGGAGAGCAUGGAAGAGUCAAGAAGUGUUUCACAGGAAGGCUGGUUGGAACCGGUUGCCAAUGAUGCUGUCAGGAGCACACCUGACAGUACAGAGACUGUGAGCAUGGAUAAAAUGGUGGACACAGAUGACUUGUUGGCAAGGAUAAUCAAAGACAAGGUAGAGGAAGUUGCAUCCAAUAGGAACUCCAGUGUACUGAGCAAUGGUCAUGAUGAAGACAAGCACCAGAAACGCUCCAGUACACAGGGAGAGCACAGCAAAGAGCAUCCUGCAGGACAGGGUGUGAGAAAGCCACAUAAGAACCUCAGGCAUGUGACCCUUCAUGACUUGCUGUGGAAAACAAAUCCAGAGGAUUUUGAUUUCACUACUUCUACUGAAGAGGAAGCUGUCAAUGAAGUAUCUGUCUCCCCAGCAGAUGCAAGCUGUGGUGACUGUCAGCAACCAGUAGACAAAGAAGAGCAGUCUAUGGACCUGGAAUGCACAGAGACACUAGACCUUGAUGCUGUAGAGAGUGUUCCCUGUGAUGUUGUAGGAUUGGACAGAAUGGAGGAACUGCAUUCAAAGUAUGGGGGGACUCUCGGGGAGUGGGGAGGAUUUGUUCCUCCAGAGCCACUAAAAAUCUACACUCAUUCCAGUGAUCAAAGUGAAGAGAUUGUGUCUUGUCACUCUCCAGAAAAGGGAAACCACCAAGGAGACUUGUCAGACUUUACUUUGACAGGAGACUUGAUGGCUGAAAAUGGCAAUGCAGACUUGUUGAAAAUCAAGAUGGCUGACUUUGUGGACAGCAUGGACCAAGGAGGGCCAUGUGGCUCUGUUUUGUUGGUAGAUCUCGAGAACUGUAGUGCCCCCGACAACACUAUAGCUGCUGCUGAAAUGAGGAUGGCAGCACAUCUGGGUCAUCAGAAAUCAGCAGAUACGAGUGCAGAGGCAGGAGGUGCCACCGGUGGAAGCAACCAAAAUAUGGUCACUUCUAGGAAAAAUAUUUUUGAAGCUAUUAGCACAGUUACCAAUGCAACUGAGAGACAAGACAGGGGACCCUUUAUCUCUCCUUCAUCCAAAGGUGAAAAAGAUGGUUCCAAAGCAAAGAGAAGACCUUCAAAGCUGUCAUCACAGCAAGGUCUUCAAAGAGAUGCAGGUGUUCCCAACAGGUCGAGACUGCAUGAUUCAGACUCCAUGCACACUGUUGCACCAGUGCAUAGUCUUGAUCCAACAUGGAAGAACACGUGGAAUAGCAGUGCCAGUAGCCUGAGCAGCAGGGGAGACACAACCAGCAGCCAUGAAGGGUAUGAUGGUAGCAGUGAGUACAGCACUGAGACUGGAGAGGGAAUGGAAUCUGGGCUUCACCCAAUCCAAGGGCCAAGCAGGCCGGAGAAGAUGCAGAGUGACAGGAAUUUCUGGACAGGUUUUGACUUUAGACAGAACAAUGUUACUCAUGGUGUGGAUGGAAUGGAUGAAAUUGUCUCAAAGACAAAGGAGAAAUCUAUGCUAGAGCCAGCUGAACUGAAGAACAGGUCUCUGGACAGCAGGGAUAAAAAGAGUGCCCCAACUGCAAAGCCAUUACAAUUUAACAAGCUGAGACAAAUGUUGUCAGAGGGUAAAGCUAGUCAGGCCCGGCCAUAUAAUGACCAAAGUGGCACCAUGACUGGUCAGGGGACAUACAGUGACCAACGUGGCACCGUGAGGCUGUCCAAGGAACAUACAGACAAAGUGUUAGGGACACAGAAGAGAGGAAAUUCACCAUAUCUGAGUGAGAGGACAAUUGGAGUUAAUACCGAUGAUGCCUGUAAUACUGAUUUGGAAUACAUGAUGAGGCAUGGUGAAUUGUAUUCCUCGGGUCUAGCAGAUUUAGACAGGAGGGAUAGUGCAUCAGCAACAGAUAGUACUUUUGUAGAGAAAGCCAAAGGCACACAGGAAAACGUGAUGAGGGGAGAGCUCUUGCAUAUCCCACGGCCUUUCCUGGCAACAAAGAAAAGAAGGAAAGGUAUGAUAGGAGUAGGGCCAACAGCUAUUCAAAAGCGUGAGAGCUACAAGUGUGGCUGCUGUACGUUUCAGACAAUUUAUGUGGGCAACAUCAAAAGGCACAUGAACAGACAUGGUGACCAUAUCAAGCGCUACUCAAAAGACAUUUCAUUUGUGUGCCAGUAUUGUGAGUAUUCAAGCAGCACCAGAAUGGAGGUGAUAACCCAUAUGACAAGCUCUCAUCAGCACAACUUUCCGAACAGUUCACUGGACCCUUGGACAACAGACUUACCCUUUGGGCAUGCAGCGGCUGCCACACUUGCUACAAAAGACAUUUUUGAUGGUAAAGAACAGAUCAGCUAUGACCACCAGUCUUUUGCUAGUAGUAGGGAAGACUUUGUGCCAAUGUCUGGUAUAAAUGAUGCAAAGGUGAAUGGAAGCAAAUCCAAAAUAGGCACAAAGAAGAGAAAAGGAAAGUGCCCACAGAACUUGGCAGAGAUAAGAAAGAAAACAUGUGCAGAGCUGGCAGCAAAGGGAAUUCCACACCUACAAGACAUAGAUUCAUUAAAAGAUAGUGGGAUCCAAGGGAAGGAGGACCCAGAAAGGAAGACAGAAGAGAGAUAUUGGCAGGCUGAUAACCCUUCCUUGAUGAUGCCAAUGCCCUCCAGAAAUGAUGGUGUAACAUCUACUGAUAGGAUACUUACCCUAAGACCCACAAAACAGCUGCCCCAAACCUCUUUUGACAACUUUGUCAGUCCAUCAAAUGAAGAACACUUGACAUUGCUUCUGCAACCAGUAAAAGACACUAUGCUUGCAGUGCCAACAACGGUGCCGGAGGCAUCUCAUCCAAAGUUUGAUACCAAUGCCAGUACCAAUGAGAUGCCCAUUUUCAGUCACCAUAGUUUCAGUCCUCCAGUGAGGAUGUCACCCAUGGUGAGUCCGCCUGUGAUGUUGAUGGCAAGUCCACCAACAACAUUAUCCCCCACGGAAAAUACUAGUCCACCAAAGAAGUCAUCACAUGUGAGUCCGUCAAGGAACAAAGAUGAAAACCAGAAUUUUGCAUCCCCAACUGUAAAGUCUGCAUCAAAGAGAAAGGGCAAGAAAGACUACAAAGCAUCAUUCUUGUAUAAUCUCCUCACAGACAAGGAUGAAAUGAAGGAUGUGGCAAGGAGUCCUGGAGCUGACCCUUCAAUGCAGAGUAGAUGUAAUGAAUCACUGUCUGUGGUUACUCCUUUAUUCCCACAGGAAGUGGAGAUCCCUAUGAUACAGGGCUUGUCCCCUGCACCAAUGAGCAUGUCCUCUGCACCUUUGAAUGUGUCCCCUGCAUCGGGUAACAUGUCCCCUGCAAUACUUAACAUGUCCCCUGCAUAUAUGCUGCCUCAGACUGCUUUUGCUGCUAACAUUCCCAACAGUCACAACUUUGCUACCUUUAGUCCAUUCCAGACAGGACUGCAGUCAACUGUUGGGUGCUACAAUGUUGGUAGUUUACCGCUGGUGGACACUGCUCAGGGGUUUCGCAGAGAUGAAGGGCUCUUUGUACCUGCAGACAAGAAGAAGCGCAGUAGGAAAGGGAAGAGCAGUAACUCCAGGAAGCAGAGCACUUCUGCGGUGAAUGCUGGUGCUUCGCCAACUGUCCUCAACAUUCCACCGCAGGCAAAGUACAGCCCUAGAAGGCAUGUGCCUGACAGCAGUAUCCCAACAUUCAGACCCUCUCCAUCUCAAAGUAAACCAGGCAGUCGAAGGUGGAUAAAUGACCAACAUUCCCGGUACAUGAGUGGGCUGACAGAUGUAACACCAUAUGGAGAACCUGAUGAAACAUUGUGGCAAAGCCAGGCUGAUUGGUGGCAUUCUCCACAACAUGGCCAAAAUCCUGCUCAUGCUAGAAGCAAACCUGCCCAAACCUCACCAGCAGCCUGGCCAAAGACUCACACUGUGACCACAAAUGAGGUACAACCACUAGACCUCAGAACAACUCCAACCUUCAGAAGUAGCUUUUCAGCUAACCAUAUGUGGGCUAGUCAUUAUGCUGUGGCUGACAACAGUUCAGCUUGUUCAUCUCUUAGACAAUCCCAAAGAGAGCCUGUGGAUAAUAAUGGAAAAGUGUCCUCUCCCAUGAGAAUGGAUCAGAUUUCAUCAUCACUUCAUGCACAAUCACAAGGAUGCCCUCCUCCAACAGAAAAUGUACAGAUACAGGACAGCGAGGGUGAAGGCCAAGUUCUUGCCAGAAGGCCCUUGACUGUCCCAUACAUUCCAGCCUAUGAACACUGCACAGCCUCCAAUGACAUAGCUGUGAAUGGUUGUAGCAUUUCAACUGUAGCAAAAGGCAGUAGCUCUUAUGAAAGUGACCAACCAACAAGUAUGGCAGCAACCACUAAAAAGGCAAGAGGAAAGUCUGCAGCCAGCAGUGCUGAGCAGAAUGAGAAUACCAGAAUGACCAGUGGAGAUGCUGUAGAGGUUUGGAAGGCAGACUCAGUUGAUAGACAAGAAAGCAACAGGUUGACACUUGCACAACUAGCAGCAUCUCCAAAUGAGGCCAGAGGUAUUGAUCGUAACAUAACAGGUAAUGAAAUGGUGGCUUGGGACUCAGGUACAUCAGAGACUGCAGCAGGACAUGUUGAUGAUGGUCCCAAAGAUGACACUGAUGAAGAGAAUGUUGGUGAGCUUGAUACAGGAAAGGCCCCAGACAUUGAACCAUCUCACAUCCACUUGCAUUCUGAGUCAGAAUCUUCAGCUUUAGUUGCAACUAGCAAAGAACCAGAGGACAGCCUUUUUGUCAACAAAGACAACUUUUUUGAUGAUGAUAUUCCAGUAGCUGACAGUACAAUAACAGCUCACAGCUGUUUGACCACAGAGGAAAGUGUUGAUACUAAUAGGACAGCAAGUGAGGUGGAACCUGCUCAAAGUCCUUUAACUAAUGAUAAACCUUCAGAUGAUGAUGUCAUCCCAUUGAGUGAGGUACAACUAACUCAAGGCCACAUUAGCAGUGGAGGCAGUGUUCCAGCAGAAGAGAGAAAAACAGCAACUGGUACAGUAGUAGUCCAUGGUUCUCUGACAAAUGAUAAAGAUCCGCCGAUUGUUUAUGCCGAGGUUGAAACAGGUCAGACUUGCAAGUCUGAACCAGAGCCCACGUCCAAGGAUGAGGCAUUGCAGACAUGCAAAGUAGAACCUAAACAGACUUGCAGUGUUGAACCUGUAAAGACUUGUAACAUUGAACCUGAACAUGCCUGCAAUAGUGCAACACGUACAGUGGACACCAUUGACGAACCAGUUGGCAAUUCCUCAAUAGAUGGCAAAGAUGCAGUUAUUGCUAACAAUCGGACAGUUGAUGUCUUUAAGGGUAAACAAAGUACUUCUCUUGAGGGCAAUAGGUGCUCUGCCUCCUUGCCUCAGAGUAAAACUCUUGCAGAUAGGAAGCUAACAAUUCCAGAACAAAUUCCUAAAACUAAAGAUGACAAGCCAAGCUUUCAUUAUGCUGACCGUGAACAGGCUGAUAAUACUGGAUACAGGGGUCCUGUGACAAGAAAGAGAAUGUCAACUGACACAGCACAGGCCAACGAUAACUCAUCAGACCAGAGAAAAAAGUUUAAGAUAUCACUGCAAAAGAGUCUGUCUGCUGGUAGGAAGAAAAGAGCAAGUCCAACGGUGUCAAACAUAACAACAGAGACAGCAUCUUUUAGUAGUGAUGCUCUCAAAAUCAAAAAUGAGGCUUCUGAGGAGGGUCUGACAUCACAGCAAAGAGAGGAGUCAGUGCAGCCUGCAGGCCUUGAUCCAUGUACAAGUGUCAAGGCAUCAAAAGAUAGCAAAGGUGCUGAGUUAAUGGAAGGUGAUGUUUUGCAUGAUCCAUGUGUUACUCCCCAGAAGAAAGAAAAAACAUGCAAAGACUCACUAAAGCGUAGCUCUGUUUGUGAAAUACAAAAAGCAGAGAUGCCUUCUUCAAAGGAGGAACUGAAUGCUGUUGAUGAGCUGGUAACCGAAGCUUCUGAGGAAGCUGCAUCAUUACAGAGGCUUGAAGACUCAUCCCCUACAAAAACCAGUGUAUCAUCAGAGCCUUGUGAAAGCAAGGGGGAUUUGCAAAGUCUAGAAGUAUUUUCACAGAACAUUCCAGUGCCAAAAGAAAAUGCAAAAAGAAGUCAAAAGAUGGGCAGGUUCAGGGGUAGGAGGGGCAGAGCUCAGAGGUCUUACCAACAAGAGACAACAGCAGCUCAUACUGACAAUGAGUCUGGAAGAUAUGCUUCUGAGGAGGAUUCCACUACUUGCAAGGUAUCUGUGGACAGAAAAGGUGAGGAUAGUAAAAGAGAGAUUUCCUCCUCAUUAGGAAAUGGUCUGAGGAAGUCGAGCAGUCUGAAAAGCAGGACAAAACCAUUGUCGCAUUGCACAGAUGAAGCUGCAACGUCAGAAUCAUCAAAAAGCCAAGGAUCUUUGCAGAAGUCACCAUCUAGCAAAAAAGGAAGAAAAAAACAAGCAGUUAAAAGUCAGCAAAAACUCAAUCCUGGCUCUGCAGAGUUAUUUGCAAAUCAGAUGUCUGAGGAUGCUGCUUUGGAACUACAAGAUAAAUCCUUGGAAGGAAGCCACAACAAAGAGAAGGUUCCCCUUGUUCGAGGGAGGACUGUAAGGAGGAGAGUUGCAACUCAAAGAAUGACACAAUACUUACUGUCUUCUGCUGAGGAAGAUAGUGGUGCAGAGGUGCCAGGGAGUGAUCAGUUUGUACAAAAGCCAUCUUCAACAACCCAGGUCAAGUCUCAAGUGACAAAACAGACUGUUAAAAGACAACAAAAGCGUAAAUCUACCGGUGGGAGGACAGUAUCAGAUUCUAAAGGGUCGUCUCUGGAGACAAUUUCAGCUGUUGGUCAUGAACAUGGCAGCAAGGAUUCUCAGGAACCCACAUCAUCAGAGCCACUGGCAGGGUCGGCCUGUUGUAAUGAGGUCAGCAACCUCACCGGCAGUCAGGAGGCAGAAACAGCAGUUUUGGCUUCAUCCCCAGGAACAGAUCCAACUCCCAGUGAAGUAAUCACAUUGGAAGGCAGAAAGUCUCAGAAGAAAAACAGAUCUAAUUGCUUGGUAAUACAGAAGAGUGAAAAAGCUGCUGAGGCUACAAGAAGGAGUGUCCGAAAAAGGGUACCAACAUGUAAGAUACUGGGUAAGACAGUUGCAGUCUUCAGUAAACACAAAUCACACAUUUCUAAAGGACGUAGUAAGGAAGAAUCUGAUCAAGAUAGCCUUGUGUUAUUCAAUCCUCAAAAUACUGGGUGGACAUACAGCAGAGAAGAUAAGAAGAGGUACCAAGAAAAAUCAGCUCUGCCGGAGGAAAAAGGUACAGAGACAAUAGACCCUCCUUCUACUGAGUCAGUGGAGCUGGAGAUGCCAAUCAAGAAGGAAGAGAACAUGAAUCCAGUUGAGGAUAACAUUCCUGUGAAAUGUGCCCCUCACACAAAGCCAAACAAAACACCUGUGAUGGAAAAAGAUACAACAGGGAGACGCUUGCGAAGCAGGUCACCAACCAGUGUCUCUGUAACUAUAGCAACAGGAGAAACAAGAGAAAACAUAAUUGAUCCCAGUGUGAUGGAAGAGGCAGCAGCAGGACCUUCCAAUCUAACCUCAGGAAAGGCCAUGGCUACUAGGCAGAGGAGGAACAGAUCUGAAGAAGACUUAUCAAAGGUCCUUUUGCCUGAGAACAGCACAUUAAUGGUGGAAAGCACUAAAAGAAAGAAAUCAAACAAGACUGUAAAGGGUUCUGCCUCACCUACAGAUGGUAGCUUAAGAAAAGCUGCAGGCACUGCUGUGAACUCAGCAAGUGGUCGGACCGCAGUGAAGAGUUCCAAGUCUAAGCACUAUUGUGUACCUAUCCCUGCCAGUGGUAAGAAAAGUACCUUUGGGAACAUCAAGUCCUCAAAGAAGCCUACCCCAUGCUCUGCAAGCAGAUCAACUGGAGUGAAGACUAAGGUGAUGAGGAAAGGGAAACCUGAAGCUACACCACGGAGAAAGAAGUCUGCAGGAACAGGAGAGCCCCCCAGACUUCUUGUCACCAAGGGAAAGGUUUCUCCCAAAGGUAACAGAUCAAAGAAAAAGUGAUACUACAAUGGCACCUUCACAUGUACCAGGAACAUAUCACGAUGGAAGAAUGCAGAUGCAGAUCUGCCUAAGGCCCAGAGCCCUGACGGUUCAGCAUUGUCUGUUAAAUUGUACACAUACACAUAUAACUUUGUUAAACCCUUGCUUUGUCUGUUUCCAGUGAGAAAAGGCUUUCAGUCAAAUGUGCCAUAGAGCAAAAAGAGAAAUGCCAGGGUACUUAUUCUUCCAACUAGUUUGCUAACCUGAAGUUUCCUGUAAUCCAUAGUUGUCACUGAGCUUUGUAAUAGUAAAAGUAUCCCCACUUUGUAGAGCAAUAGCUAAGAGUGAGAGUUUAUCAUGCAGAUACAAUGUGUGCCAUCAAGAUGUUGACUCUCAAGAAGCAAAUUUUGUCAUUGAUAAACCAAGGAGGUUUUUCUUGAAACUUCCUUGGCUAGUGCCUUAAAGACAUGACUAUACAUGAGAGAGUAGGGACUGGUACACGUAGGUCUAAUGAUGAUAAGGCUUUGAAUAUGUUGCUAUUCAUUAAUUCAUACCAUUUCCCAAAAAACAUCUGGAUGAACAAACUCUUGCCCAUUAUGGGGAUAAAAGUUUGCAAGUUGCAACGGUUGCUCCAUUCCCAUCUCAGGUAAACAUCGUUUUUUCAGUGGUAAGAGAGAGUUCCAUCAAAAUGUGGAAAUUCGCCAUUAAAAUCAAAAGAAGAUUACUAUGACAACCAAGAUAUUUGAGGUUUAUUUGUGUAUCUGCUUGGUUUGGCCUCUGAAGAAGGGCCUUUGAUGUAGGAAAUGUUUACUGUUCCUUUUUCACUGUUGAAGAUAAACAGUUGCAUGUAUAACAGGCAUUGAAUAAUAAGGCUGUGAUAAAGAGUGUGAAAAUGUUCUUACAAGUUCCUAUUGCGGGUCAACUGUUUCGCAGAGAUUUUUUACAUUGUUGUUCUUUCCUUUUGUAUAAAUAAUCAUGCCUGUUCAGAUCAUUUUUACUAUUUGCCAGUUUUUUUCCUGAAACAGAUAUUUAUUUUGUUUUUCAUGUUGAUAUUUAUAUGCAACAAUUAGUAAGUUAUUAUAUAUUUUGUAAGGGUGGUAACUGAAAUGAUAUGCAAGGAUUUGGCUGGGUGUGUUUAGGGUUUAGGCCCCAAAAUAUUUGUAAUAAAAAUUAGCAGGAAUUGAAUUUGCUUUCCACAUUCUAUUGUUACUUCUAUCAGUAAUUGAAACAUGAGCACUUGCUUUUGUUAGAUAUGAGGGUAUCACAUCUGAUGUUCGUAUAUUCAAAUUCCUAUGUAGGGCUGUCAGGAGAAGAAGUUGGAGCAAUGGCAGGAAAAAUAUUGUUUCAAGGAUCAGAUUCAUAUGUAGAGCCAGUAAAGAAAGCCUGUCUAUGUUUUGGUCUUCUUUGGGACUUAGUUGUGCCACAAUUUCUUUUUUUCAUACAGUCAGCUGAUGACUAAACAGCUGUAUACUAGUAGUUACAUUUUGAAGGUUAGAUUGGAGGGGAAAAUAAUAGGAGUUAAAUAAUAGUAACCAAACAGUUAAUGCCUGUGGGCCCCUGUUUACUUGUUUGUUUAUUACUUAUUGUCUCAGUUGACAGUUUGAGCUCUUGCUGGCAGAGCAUUCUACUGUAUAUACUUCACAAAUGCUUGUGGAGUUCAUGUUUGACUUGUUUAAGUUCAAGGUGUACUGUAGUUUGGCAGGACAGCAAGGAUUUUUGUUUGGAUUUGACUUGUAUAUUUAUAAGGUAACUUGAGGGUUAAGUUUCAGGUUGGUCACAUUUUUUGUUGUAAUGUUAACACAUUGUAGUACAAGUUCUACAUCAUACAUCAUGCUUGUUUGCAGUAGCUGCUGCACAGCUGUUACAGAUAAUUGUAUUAUUUAAGGCAAAAUCAGGACAUCACAUGAGUACAUAUAUGUUACAUGUACCUGAAUCAAGUUUCAAAUAUUCAGUGUUGUUAUUUUUUGCAAUACAGAUUUAUCCUUUAUUACAA